AUGCCAUCGACAAAUUUACCUGAUAUUAUAACUACAAUGGAUUUUGUUAUAAGCUCUGAACAACCUACUUCAUAUACGACAGUUGUUAAUCAAAUAGAAAAAUUCGAAAAUCAUUCUUAUCCCGAGCCUAUAGAAUAUGAAACUAAUGGUCAGUCACUUGGCAAUACUAUUUAUUACUAUCCCAAUCUGGCGUCUCGUUUUAGUGGCUAUAUUAGUAGCGUUAGUUUUCGUCUUUUUACUAAUUGGGAAGAUACUACAUCGCUUUACAUAUUUGUCAUAUCGGGAGUUAUGUUUGACCAUAGCAUUACAUAUCGCUAUGCCAUCAAACCUCAACAAAAUACUACACAAUGGCAAACCAUCAAAAUUCCUUCGCGUACAUUACCCAUAGUUUAUAACAACUAUUUAGCUGUUGGCAUGCAAGAUAGUAGUAAUACAAGUCAAAUUUAUGUUGUUAAAUCGACUAUUGGAAUGGGUGGAAUAGAUGUAAAUGAAACUACCACAAAGAUUAACCUAAAAAUUGGCUUUCAAAUGGCUCCCGCAUUCAUUUAUACUGUAGUUUACUACGAUCAGACUUUAAGUUUAUGA